GGGAACAAAAAAUAUUUAACAAUAGGUAUUUUAAUUGGAAUUGGUGUUAUCAUUGGAGCCUCAAUAGGAACAGGGGUAUAUAUCGCCGUCCUUGGUCGACUGAAAAACAUCGGAGUGACGGAAAACCCCCUGCCUGAAAACACUGCUGAAGUUCCAGAUGAUGGUACAACUGAAAACCCCGCGGGUAUAACCUCUGAAAUUCCUAAGGAAAUAACUUCUGGUUUGACUUCUGGUUUGACUUCUGAAAUGACCCCUGGUAUGACUUCUGAAAAACCUGGAGAUAUCACUUCUACAACGCCUGGGGUUAUAACCUCUAAAAUACCUGGUUAUAGAACCUCUGAAACACCAGAGAAAACUACUGAAAGCCCUGAUGGAGAAUAUAUAAUGGCCUGUUACUAUACCAACUGGG